UCGAGUGAGGAGCCUCUUUUUGGAGACCGGAAAAUCCGUGAAAACUGUCGGGUUACUCAAGCCACGCAGCACACACACACACCCCAGCCGAAAAAAGAUAUAUAGAAGGAAAAGCCUGUGAAAAGCAGCAGCCAACUCAGCGAAAUUUAAGAACAAUUAAGGAAACUCCGCGAAAAAAACCCUGCACCCUGCACAAAUUAAAAAGCGUAAGGAGCCACAUCGAAAAAACGUCGACUCUGCGUUUUUCCUACGGCUUUUCCCCAACGCUUUUUUGGCCAGCGCAAAUAUCGAUUGCUGACUGCCUUGCAUAAGUCCACGAAGAUUAGUAUACACCGUCUGGAAAAGCGAUUCAAACGAUUCAAAUGAUUCAAAUGACAACGAAGUACUCGUAGUAAUUAAGUUUUUUAAUCACCAAUAUUGGAAGUCAUCAUGGAGCAGCUAAAGCUAAGGAUUUCACAGCCUGGCCCAGACAAUUGACACGGAAAAAAAGGAGCGGAGACGAAAACGAAGAUUUCCCAGGAUAUAUAUAGAAGUUGAUUCGUGUGUGUGUGUGUGUUUGUGUGUUUGCCCCUGUUUCGCUUUUAUUUUCCUUUCCAUUUUUAUUUCCUUUGUUGCCUGUUUGAAAAUGGAUAUUGCCUUGCGUGGCACAAACAACACAGCAGCAUCAUCAUCAACGUCAACGACUGGAACUGGUCUGCAUCAUGCUGUGUCACUGGGCAACAUUGAGGUCUCCACCAAGACCACCUACUCCAGCCACAUGGAUCGCAGCUACGACUCCGAAGACGAACACACUGGUCGCCGAAGACUUCGCCACACGCUCUCCACCGAGUUGCAGCCUCGCACUUCAGUCUACUCACGCGGAGAUAUUAGGGAACAGUACUGCCUCACAGAUCGCCAGCUGCACAGCAUAGAGCAGCGUCCUAGGCGGGAACGAUUUUUUGGCUGCCUUUCGCGACGCGGUCAAACGCAAUCGGGCAGUUUUCUGGGCGGCUGUGUGGGUCGGCGAGUGCCCUCCGAUGAGAAUCUGGCCGCCUAUGCACCAUUUGAAAAAUAUCCACGCUACCAGAACAACUACACAGACACUCACGAAUUGGAAAGUUCCUAUUUUCGCCGUCAACCGGCCUCGAUCUUGAGCACUGGCAAGUCGAGCGAAGCGGAUCUGGGGGGACGUUACACCUGGAUUGGUCAGCAGCAGCAGCAGGUGCCAGCACAGGUGACCAACAACAACUCCGACUACCAAUCGGACCACAGCUCGUAUCACUGCCCCACAUACGCCACGAUGCCGACCACACAUCACCAUCACCAGCAGCAGGCCGGAAAUGUCAGAACAAAACACGUGAGCUUCGCCCGGUCCCACACACUCACCAGCUUCGAUAAUGUGAAUGCCGGCUUUCGAUCCUCGGGGCGAUUGAAAACCGCCCGAAGUCAGGAGCGAUUAAUUGGCGGCAAGAAGCCGAUUAUUGCCACGGGUUCUAUGUACGAGACCCUGCAGCCUCCCCAUCUCCAAGGCCAACAGAUGCAACCGCAACAGAGCUCCACCCUGCCGAAAACCUGGCUGCCACCACCAGUUCAACUGCAGCCCUGCCAGCACCACCAUGCCCCGAUUCACCUGCACCAGCCCAUUCCAGACAACAUGGUGGGCCUGAUCAUACCACAGCCCCUGCCGUUGGCUCUUCCACUGCCCAGUCCCGAAGUUCUCAUCAUAGAGAAGAAGUUCCGCAAUGCCAUGAAGACGCAGGCCACUCAAACGGAUGCAGCUGCCCGACGUCAGGGACAAGUUGGCUAUAAUACCCAGGUGUUGGCUUUAAGUCCCCGGCCACCACAUCGCAUCAAAGUGGUUUCCCAGGGGGCACAAACGAAUGGCCUGCAGAAUGGCAAGAAACUAACGAAAAGCCUAUCGGAAAUACCCAAUGGCAAGGAGGUGCCACAUCAUUAUCAACAGGGAUCGAUUUACCCCCAUGAGAUGAUCUACCGCACUCAGUCGCAGGAUGUGACCCCUUUGCAGACCCUUUCGGAUGCCCAGAACAACAUCAUGUACUACAAACCGCCACCUCCUUUGCUGGAUCCCCAUAGCUAUGGCCUGGGAAUGGAGCACUUGAGCAGAUCGCGACCCUCGCCCUCCGAACAAAAUGUGGAGUAUGUGAAUGUGAAUGCGGCGGCAGUGGCUCUAAAUGAAAGUUUCGACUACGAGAGCAACAGUUUGCCUCGACGGGCGUGUACCUCGCAUACGGAUUUCUAUUCGAACAGUUUGCCCCGCAGACAUAUUUCUGAGUGUGCCGAUCUCAUAGCCGAUAGUAUCGAUCCCUUGGACUUUAGCCAAUCGCAUUUACUGCCGCCACCAAGUGAGUAUUGCAAGAACGAUGAUGAGCCUGCGGAUGUGGAGGAGUACUACGACGAGGAAGAGGAUCAUCCCCACGAGACGGAGAGCUACAGCUCAGAGGUCUGCAUGGAUCAGCAGGCUGCCCAACAUCGCCGCAUGUCCAUGCUGCCCCAGAUGAUUGACUCUCCCUUUCGUCGCGACGACUUGAGACGUCAAUCCAUGCCGGUUUAUGGUCAAACCGAGAAGCUCAUCGAUGGCUUUGGACCGAGGACUUCAUUUCGACGGCGCGAUAAGGUCAGCUGUUUUCCCGACGAACCUUUGCCGGUUACUCAACAUACCGAACGAGAUGAGCAGGAAAUCUUCAUCGAUUUCAAGCCACACAUCUCACCCAAGCCGAGUCCUAAAUUGCAGCUGAAGCACCGGAAGCAGCACAAGGCGGAAAUUGCCAUGAGGAAGAUGCAGCAGCAGCGGAUGGCACAGGCGGCUGCCUUGACGCUGCCCAAACUGAAGCCACAGCCAGUCGAAGUUGAGGUUAGAAAAGUUGAACUUGAGCCCAGCGACGAGGAGGAGGAGGAUGAUGAAACUUCCGAAGUGGAAGACCCAGAGCCGCAGAAUCCCGAUCCCGAUGAGAUCGAUGAGGAGGAGCAGAAGCUGGAGACGGAUCACCAGGAGGACGAGGAGCCGCUGUACGAGAAUAUAACCCCCUGCGGCUGCCGAGUGGAGCCCGAGGAUAUCCAGGAUAAGCGCUCCCAGUUUCGCAAGCGAUCCGUGAGUUUGGACGACGACUACGAGGCCAAGGUUUCGGGUACUCCAACUACCACUGGCCUGCGACUUCCUUCCACCCCGGCGAGUCCUUGCCGCGAUGAACUGCUGGCCAAUGUCUCAACUUAUCCAUCCUCAGACUCACUGGCCAAUGACAAUACCCGCGAUCAUUCCGAUGGGAUAUGGAAUGAGUCGCAGGUUACUGUCUUGACGGCUGAACAGCGCGAUAUAUCCGAUGGAUCUUACAGUUCCAAUUUGCUAUUGACUCCCUCGUCGAAGCGGAAGAAUCUACUGCUGCAGCAUCAGCAGAGAAGCUCGGUGGACACCGAUGCCCUGGAUUUUGAAGAACAAAGCCCCACCUAUGGCCUACAAACACUGCCGAAGAUCAUCAAGACCCCUACGCCAACUGCCUCGAGGCCCACUUCCACUCAACCCAUGAUGCCGCCACCAGCCAUCGCUGUUACUCCCUCUUCCAAUCAAAUUCUGGACUCGUCUAUAAGUUCACCACUGCCCAAGAGGAGCAUGGUGGCCAGGGGAUCGGUUCCAGACGCCCGACAGCUCAUUUUCAUGGGUGGAGCUGCCAAACAAAGACACUCGGAUGCCUCGUUCCUACCCAUGGGCGCCACUGAUUACGCCCGCAGUGCGGAUAUAUCGGAGUGCAGCACGAAUACAGAUGAGUAUGCCACCUGCACGGACACCUCGAAACGCACACCAGUUUCCACUCAGAGCUCACAGUUGGAAAAGACCCAUGCUGGGAGUUCCUUCGAAAGCGCCAGUUCCCUGUACUCCAUGCGGGAGGAUCUAUUACAGCACGAUGAGAAGGCUCCGCUUUCCAAGGCCCAGCUGAAAUCCCCCAUCGGUUCGGUGGCCGAGUUGACCAGGAAAUCACCAUCGCACUCGAUAAGCAGCACCACCUCUUCGGGCAGUUGUCCUGUCUCGGGAGCAGCCAUCAAAUCUCCAGCCAAGGAAAGUAUCCCUCAAACGGUCGCCAGUUCGGGAACGUCUCAAAUGAAGGUCAGCUCGGCUGAAACUAUACAACCAUCAACUGGAACUGUGACUGGAACCAAGCCCAAGCCCGAUUCCAUAUCGGAAGAUGAGCGCAGUGAAGUGCGUUACUCCUCUUCUGGAUAUUACGAGAGUCCCCAUGAAGAAGACGACGAAGAACAGGGGGUGCGAAGCAAGGCCCGCCGUCUGAAACAGGAAGACGAGAGGAAGAGGCGUAAGACUAGCAUGAAACUGGACAUUGAGAAGGAGAAUAUGCGUGCCCUAACGAGUCCGAUUAAGAAGCCCACGGGUUCUAGCAAAGUCACAUCACCCGAGCAGUCGCAGGCAGCAGGACAAGACAACGGGGGCAGUAGUCCCAGCAAGAUGAAACGCUUUCGUCCCAAGAUACGAAGGCAGUUGAGGAAAAGCUCUAGAGAGGAUGUUUUGGCGGCGGCAGCGGUACGAAGGAGUCGGGCCACGCCCACUAUUUUUGGCCUAAGCAGUGGCAGUGGGGAUACAGAGCUACUGCUAGAUGCCAGCAUGUCAACUGGCGCCCAAGCAGGGACAACCAGUGGCGCCCUAGCAGGGACCUUAGCCGGGUCAUGCACCACCACAACCGUUAUGACAGCUGCUCCAUCCACCGCAUCCAAGUUGGCCACCUCCGAGUCAGUGACCACAGAGGCAGUAGUUAUUCCAUUGACGGUGAAGAAACCACAUAGUUGCGCCACGCCCACAUCCCUGCUCUCGCCCAAACUGCCCACAACCAGCGGCGGCACCCAGUCGAAAUCCACAUCGGACACCUUUCAACUGAAAGCCAAGUCCAUUGAAUCCCUACGGAGCGUAUCACCCGGUUCCGAUUCCGUGUUCUAUAGCGAAGCCGAUGGCAAUGCCGCUAGUGGCGAACAGAGCCACUGUCACCAUUGCGGCAAGGAAAUGGAGGGCAAGCAGCAGAGCAAUACCAUCAGUGAACUGGCUGGCGACUCGGUCGAAUCGAUACCCUACAUCGAACAGGACAUCGUAAAGCCGCCGUCGGACUUUGCCGACUCACCGGUGACCACCAAGACCACACAGCGGCUGUACAAGAAGAUGGACAAGCGAUUCCGAUCCGAGGAGCGAUAUCACGGCGAAAGAGGCAGGCACUACAAAACCAGGCAGGAGAACAUCAGGGCAAAGAGCGAAGAGCGCGGACGUGUUCCCAGUUUGCCCAAUACUCCGGUUCUUCGUCCUGCCGGUUCGAGUCCCUGUGUCCUACCCGAUAUCAACACAGAACAGAGUCAGCACAUCAUCUAUAAGGGACAUUAUGACGCAGGUCGCUAUACAAGACUCACCGAUGAUGAUUUAUGGACUCAGUUGGAUCAUCAGUGUUUCGAUCGUUCUAGGGAGCGUCGAGCUUCAACGGAGUCUGAGAAGGGCUUCCAUGCCAAAUACCAAGUGAUCCUCCAUCGUCUCGUCCAGCGUCGUUGCACCCUGGAAAUGUAUCAUCGGCAGAAACACAACAGCUUUCUCAAAUGUAAAGAAACAAGUGCGAAAAGUUUUUGGAAUAUUUUUGUGGUAUUUACACAAUACUCAGGCCAAAUGAUUGAAUUAAUAGCGUCCAAUUCCACGCCGGAUUCGAUCCGACGAAAGUUGGAGGAGGUCUUGAAACUGAUGCUCUUGGUCUGGGCCCGCGAAAGUUUUGUGAUAUCCAACUUAUCCAACGGUGCACAUGGCGUGGAUAAAACCGUGGUGGUCAAGAGCGAUUCCGGUGAAUUUGGCUUCCGUAUUCACGGUUCGAAGCCCGUGGUAGUGGCUGCCAUCGAGCCGGAGACUCCGGCGGAGAGUUCUGGCCUGGAAGUGGGCGACAUCAUCAUCUCGGUGAAUGGCGUUCAGGUGCUGGACAAACACCACACCGAGGUGGUGAAGAUCGCACACGAUGGCUGCGAAAAGCUGGAACUUCAGGUGGCCCGAACUAUUGGAGUUCUGAUGCACGAACAACUGGAGCCACCCAGCCAGCCCAUAUUCAGUGGAUAUCUGUGGCGACAGAGCGGUCAGGCUAAGGGAGCACCGAAUUCCAAGAAAUGGGUGCGACGCUGGUUCUCCCUGCGACCCGAUAAUUGCCUGUACUACUACAAAACGGAAGAUGACUCCCAACCCGUUGGCGCCAUGAUAAUGGCCAAGCACACGGUGGACCUGUGUCCCGUGGAUGUGGGCAAGCCCUUUGCCUUCAAAGUGGACUCCGGGGAGGGAAUUCCCAUGUACGUGGCUGCCGAUUCCGAUGAGUUGGCCAACCGAUGGCUCCAGCUGCUCAGGCAGGCCGCCUCGCAGGACAACCAGUGGCUGGACAAAAGUGCGCGGUGCUUGUACCAGAGUCCCACCAACAUUCAGAGGCCCGAUUGCUUUGGCUACCUACUCAAAUUGGGCUCAAGGUGGUGCGGAUGGUCGAAACGCUAUUGCGUUCUUAAGGAUGCCUGCCUCUAUUUUUACCAAGAUGCAAAUAGCAAGAGUGCAUUCGGCAUGGCCUGCUUGCACGGCUACAAAGUGGCCUCAAUGUCCGCAAAUGCAUCCGGCAAGAAGAACUCGUUCGAGAUAAUACCACCAGAAACGAAAUUGCGGCAUUACUUUUUCUGCACCGAAAGCGAAAUGGAUAAGAAGCGCUGGAUAUCCGCACUGGAAUACUCCAUCGAUCGCUGGAUAAAGUCCGGGUAACUAAGGUUAAAGACCCGCUCCAGAUCGGCUCUGAGCAGCCGGCUCAAGCGUCGCAGUUUUAGCUACUUGAUGGAUUAGGCGGGACGAAA